AUGUUCUCGCAGCAGCCCCAGGACCUGGUGGUGGUAGCUGGUCAGCCUGUCACGUUGCCCUGCACAACCCCGGCCUACCACGGGGUGGUGCUAUGGAUCAAAGAUGGACUGGCUUUGGGAGUUGGCCGAGACCUCUCAGGCUACCCUCGCUACACGGUGAUCGGGGACCACGGAUCAGGAGAGCACCACCUCCGCAUACAGCGCGUGGAGCUGUCGGACGAUGGCGUGUUUGAAUGUCAAGCGGUCCAAGCUGCGAUGAGGUCCCGCCCCGCCCGCCUCACUGUCCUGGUUCCACCAGAAGACCCUGUGAUCAGCGGUGGUCCUGUGGUCAGUCUGAGAGCCGGUGACCCUCUGAAUCUGACCUGUCACGCCGACAACGCCAAACCAGCUGCCUCCAUCAUCUGGAUCCGUAAUGGAGAGGUCCUUAACGGGGCCAUGUACUCCAAGACAUUACUGAGGGACGGCAGGAGAGAGAGCACAGUGAGCACUCUGUACUUAUCCCCAACAAACAUCGAGACCGGGCAGCAGAUCAUCUGUAAAGCCUCCAACAAGGCAGUACCCAAUGGCAAAGAGACCAGCGUCACCAUCGAUAUCCAACAUCUCCCUCUUGUCAACCUCUCAGUGGAGCCACAGCCGGUGUUGGAGGGCAACUUGGUGCGAUUUCACUGCUCAGCCAAGGCCAACCCUCCCGUCACGCAGUACAGGUGGGCCAAAGGCGGCAGUAUAAUUAAAGAGGUUUCUGGAGACACAUAUGAAGUUAUUGUGGAUCAUUCCUUCUUCACGGAACCGGUCUCCUGCGAAGUAACCAACGCACUGGGCCACACCAACAUCAGUCGUAACGUGGACGUCUACUUUGGUCCACGCAUGGCUGCAGAGCCUCAGUCGUUACAGGUGGACCUGGGCUCCGACGCCGUGUUCAACUGUGCGUGGACAGGAAACCCUUCUCUCACCAUCGUGUGGAUGAAGAGAGGCUCCGGCGUGGUUUUGAGUAACGAGAACCUCCUGACAUUGAAGUCUGUGAGACAAGAGGAUGCUGGGAAAUAUGUAUGUCGCGCUGUGGUCCCAAGAGUCGGAGCGGGCGAGAAGGAGGUUUCACUGACUGUCAAUGGGCCCCCGACUAUCUCCAGUACACAGACUCAGCAGGCGCUGCAUGGGGAAAAAGGACAAAUCAAAUGUUUUAUUAGGAGCACCCCUCCACCAGACCGCAUUGCCUGGUCGUGGAAGGAGACCGUUCUGGAGUCGGGCACGUCUGGCCGUUACACCGUGGAGACAGUGAGCACAGAGGAGGGCGUCAUUUCCACUUUGACCAUGAGUAACAUCGUACCGGCCGACUUCCAGACCAUCUACAACUGCACGGCCUGGAACAGCUUUGGCUCCGACACCGAGAUCAUACGGCUGAAGGAACAAGAAUCUCUCCCCGUGGCAGUGAUCAUCGGAAUAGCAGUGGGAGCCUUCGUAGCCUUCAUCGUUCUCCUGGGAACCAUCGGAGCGUUUUGUUGCACACGCUCCCAGAGAAAUCUGAAAGGGGUGGUGUCGGCCAAAAAUGACAUCCGCGUGGAGAUAGUACACAAAGAUCAUAACGCAGCGCGAGAGAACGAAGAACACGCAUCCAUGAAACAGCUGAUGGUGAGUGUUGAACGGGGUGAGUUUCAGCAGGAGUCAGUUCUGAAGCAGCUGGAGGUGUUGCAAGAGGAAGAGAAGGAGUAUCAGCACAUUAAGGAUCCUACAAAUGGGUACUACAGCGUGAACACCUUUAAAGAGCACCACACGCCCACGAUGACAGGCAGCCAGCCGGCCGAGGUGAGGAACCCCAGCAGCACUGGCACUCUGGGGAAGCAGAGGGUCCCCACAGGCAUGUCCUUCAACAACAUCUACUCCACUCUGGGAGCUGGCUCCAACCGCCUGUACGACUACAGCCAGCGCUUCGUGCUAGGUAUGGGCAGCAGCUCCAUCGAGCUGUGCGAGCGCGAGUUCCAGCGUGCCUCCCUGAGUGACUCCAGCUCCUUCAUUGACACGCAGUGCGACAGCAGCGUGAGCAGCUACAGUAAACCAGACGGAUAUGUGCAGUUUGACAAGGACAGUAAAGUGUCAGCCUCCUCUUCCUCACACUACUCCCAGUCCUCCUCUCAGAACUCAGAUCUGACCAGGCCUCUGCAGAAGCGCAUGCAGACUCAUGUCUGACCUCUAGAACAGGAGGGGGAGCAGGAGGAGCAAACACAGGAUUGUCAAAUACCCCGGGACUCUUAUGUAAACUAUAGGACAGAAAGAGUCUGGUGGAUGCCUGGAGACCUGGGCAUGGUCGGCUUUAAAGGUGACUAAAUGCCCCAAAAUAUGGACCAAGAAGCCUUAUACCCCCUCACGCUUAACACAACACUCACCUCUUUUCUACAACAUCGUAAGAACUGUGCCACAUGAAGGUUGUUUGCCAAGUUUGGAACUUGAAAUGAAAAAAGUGCUCGCCACAGUGGGACUGUUUGUGGAUCAGAGUGCAACAAUACCACAAGGAUUUGUGUGACAAUCAACUCCCCAGGCAGAGACUGUUUCGCCUUUUGAAGAUUGUCAUUCAGAAAGAAACUCUGUGAAUUGGCGAAGCACUCAGCAUGAAAAUCAUGAUAAUGAGCUGGAGCCAGUGUCCUGCUGCUCUGUUGGAGUUUGAAGCACAAGAAACAAGCGUGCACCUAGCUUGUUUAGCUGCCCCUCCACGCGUCCCUUUACAGACUGGAGCGAAGUUGGGCGAGUUGAAAUUGCUUUUGCCUGGAGGUGACAGAAAACUUUCUCCUUUUGCCCACAGAUGUUGAGCCUAAAACAAUGUGCAGAACAGAGUGGGCCACAGAGCAGAUAAGGCUCUCAAAGCCGCUCUGUCACACAGACUGUGAUAAAAGACUAUCAGUGUACAUAUGUGAGUAUCAUUUUAUAAUGGUAUCAUUUCUCUAAUUGCCUCUGACUUCACUUUGGUGGACUCAAAAUGAGACAUCAGCGCCUCUUGUUGUGAUGAAUUCUUUGCCUUGAGGGUCUGAAACUUUCAAAUUGAAUGACAGUGUCAGCUCUUUUGUUUACGAGAACUCCCUCCUCCAAUGGUUUUGUGCCCAACUCUAAAAAGCACUUGGACAGAAAGCCCUACAACACAUCAUAAUGUAACUGUGAGUUUGCCUGCCAUUUUACAGGUAUAUUGUUUCCAAACCAGAGUAGACAUUGCAUUUUAACCAGGCAGCUGAGAUAUUUCACCCCUUUUGUCAACAUCACUGGCGGCCCUGAUUGUGCCAUCUCUUCUGGUCAUCAAGGGACAGCACAUAUUUUACUGUUGUUUUCCUGUUAAAUACUCUUCAUUUCUGCUGCUGU